AGACACGUGACUCGCGGUUCGGAGUUGAAAGUCGAGGAAGGCUGCAGCAUGGCGGCUUUAGUGAAGUGCAGAGCGCUGUUUCAGCCUCUCCGAUCGCAGAUGAACGUGAUCAGCGGCGUCUGCAGAUCGGACGGUGUUUUGCACUCAUUUCGACUGCACAGCUCCGACGUUAAGUCUGCAGAUGACCUUAUCGUUAGGUACUUGGACGGUGAUGACUCAGGGAUUGUUGUUUUGGGGAUUAAUCGCCCUCAAUCUAAAAAUGCCAUCAGCAAAAAUCUUGUUACAAUGAUGUCAGAAGCUCUCGAGUCACUGAAGAAGGACAACGAAGUGCGUACUGUAGUUUUGUGCAGUAUGGUGCCUGGGAUAUUCUGCGCAGGCGCAGACUUAAAAGAAAGAGCAAAGAUGCAGCAGAGUGAAGUAGGACCAUUUGUUACUAAAGCAAGAACACUAAUAACAGAACUUGGUACUCUUCCCAUGCCAACGAUUGCAGCCAUUGAUGGGGCGGCUCUUGGAGGAGGUCUUGAAAUGGCUCUUGCCUGUGACAUCAGAGUGGCAGCCAGCUCUGCUAAGAUGGGACUAGUUGAGACUAAAUUAGCCAUCAUCCCAGGCGCUGGGGGAACUCAGCGUCUGCCACGAACUGUAGGAGUGUCUGUAGCUAAAGAGCUGAUAUUUGCGGCGCGGGUGCUGAGCGGUGACGAAGCCAAGAGUCUUGGCCUAGUGAAUCACGCUGUGGAGCAGAAUAAGACUGGAGAUGCGGCGUAUCUGCGAGCUCUGGAUCUGGCCCGUGAAUUCAUCCCUCAGGGGCCAAUUGCAAUUCGAAUGGCGAAGUUAGCAAUCAACCAGGGAAUAGAGGUGGAUUUGAAGACCGGAUUAGCUAUUGAAGAGGCAUGUUAUGCUCAGGUGAUCCCAACCAAAGACAGGCUGGAAGGUUUGCAGGCGUUCAAAGAGAAACGUCCUCCUCGCUAUAAGGGCGAGUAACUGUGGCCUAACCAACCCAAUUACAAGCAGCUGCCUUCUGAAUCGCCUGCGAGUCUCGUAAAGAAUGUUGCAUAUCUGAAAUAUUUGGAGCGAUGCCUGGCCCCUGGAGGCCCGAUGAUGGUAAAACCUGUAGGGAUUUGAGAUGAAAUGUUUGAAAGAUGAAAGCUAUUCCAACUUCUUUUUGCAUGGCAUGUCCUUUGUUGUCAUUGUGAACUUUCUUCCUAUUCCUUGUGUAAUAUAAAGAGUCUUUGGUUGUUCGUUCUCAUCUGAUAAAAUAAAAUUGGAUGCAUUUCAGAUUAACACAGAAUGGAAACUUUUACAAUGUACAGUACUCCAUUAUACUCUAUUGACGAUGUGUCCACUCUGAGGAGCAUAUAACCCAUACUAAAUCUGGUUGGGUAGGUUGAUUCCAGGAAUCAGCGCUGAUGUUAUGCAUCAAAGCUGCUUUCACUUUAAACGUGUGCAUGUAAGCAGUCCAGUCAACAUCCGCCCAGUUUUUGCCGUAAGGGUAAUGUUUUUAGAAAAGGUGUUGUUAUGAAUAUUUUCAAUUUAUGCAAUA